AUGUUCUUCUACUCGCCCAAGGAUAAUAAGCAUGUAAUUGUUCGUCGUCCAACUCAACAUCAGAUCCCGGGUUCAAGCUUCGAGAACAGACUCAACGCUCAGCUAGCCGAAGGGUUGAUUCGGCCAGUCCAAGAUGCUGCCGCCGCUUCCAUUCGACAGUCCAUUAUCGACCUUCGACGGCGUUCACGUCCAAUCUCCGAGGAAGUGGCUGAUGAGAUUAUCACAUUUCAAUUGGAUUCAAGAAGAAGAGCCUCCUUGAACUUGGAUUUGAAUGAUAACAACACUCUCCCUCACUUCCUGACUUCAUUUCAUACAGAUGCGAGUACAUCCUCUCCAGUAGACUCAUUGUAUUCGUUUGUUGACUCACGUAGACAUAGUAGGGCAUAUCCUCGCGCAGUUCAAUUAUUGCGAAGACCGACCCUUACUAUUCAAGAGGAUGGGCGAGUUAUCAUAGGUAACUCAAAAAGGAGCAUUUGAGAUUUGGGGAGCAAAUAUUCAAUGUCAUCUUUUUCAGAUCAUGUUACAUCUAGAUGGGAUGGCGUCUCCCAUGUGCCCGGAGGACUGAUCGAUGGAGAUGAUACGGCUACAAUAAUAACGGAACACAACAAGGAAGACGGAACGCCAAAAACUCCAAAAACUUUUAUUCAACAAUGCGUAAAGGUAAAUAAAACAACAUUUAUAGUGUCUUAUACUCUAAUUCAACAUUUUCAGUACUUCAAAAUCCUCUUACCGCACGUUAUCCUCGUAUCGGUGCUUAUAGGAUACCUCUGUUUGGGAGCUUGGAUACUAAUGUUAUUGGAAACCAGAACAGAACUGAUGGCCAGGUCUAGGAAACUAGUAAAAGUCACUAAUCUUAUGACCAAUUUUACCAGUGACAGCUGGCAAAUUAUAAAUGAUGCGCAGACAGGAGUAAGGGCAGUGCAUCACUCGGAAUGGGAACAAAUAUUCAAGUAAGUUACGUCUGCAUAGUCAUCACGACGCAAUGUAUUGCAUAAUGAUGCGUCAUGUUCAAUCGUUAUGUAUAUCUACAAGGAUUGAUUGCAGAGAAUACAUGUUGAGAAUCUCCGAAACUGUGGAUGACAGACGGCCAAUUCGAAAAGAGUUACGCGAUCCAUCAAAUCUGGACAACAUGCACAACAAGUGGACCUUCCCGACCUCGCUUCUCUACGUUCUCACAGUGCUCACCACUUGUGGCUACGGGGAGGUCUCAGUGGACACUGAUGUGGGCAAAGUCUUCUCAGUUGUCUUCGCUUUGGUCGGCAUCCCAUUGAUGUUCAUAACUGCUGCUGAUAUCGGGAAAUUCCUAUCCGAAACGCUAUUAAAAUUUGUUAAAAAUUGGACUUUAUUCUGCAGAAAGUUGAAAGUAAGUUGAAUUCAUAGUUUACACAGACUUGUCAUACGAUGAUGAUGUAUACGUCCCCAUCUUCAGGACUACUUUAUGAAAACAUUCUUUCCGCGCAAAUACGUCCGCCGGAAGUCGUUACAAUGUAGUGCCGAUCAAAUUGAAGCCCUGAACGUGUUGGGGCUGGACGGAGCCGAGGAAACACUAUGGUUCCCAAUCGGAGCAUACGUAUCAUGCAUAUGUCUCUACUGCUCAAUGGGUUCUGCAAUGUUCAUCAACUGGGAACGAAGCUGGUCUUUCAUUCAUGCCUUUCAUUUUGGAUUUAAUUUGAUUGUGACGGUCGGAUUGGGCGACAUUGUAGUCGUAAAUUAUGUCUUUCUCUCUCUAAUCGUAGCAUUCGUUAUCGUCGGUAAGUGUAAUGCCAUCAUAAUUGGGGAUGAAUACUUUUCUUAGGACUUUCUGUGGUCACGAUGUGUGUAGACCUAGCCUCCACACAUCUGAAGGCCUACUUCACCAGAAUCCAUUACUUUGGAAGAGCAAAAAAGUUUCUUGGAAUGAGUGAGGAAUUGAAGGAAAUCGUUGCGCUACUCGGAGCCAUGAGAAAAAAGAAAGGCGGAAAGGUAGCAUUAAUACUUGAUUCAUAAGUCACAAAAUGUACUUCAGGUGACUUGGAAUGAUGUCAGAGAUUUCCUUGACAACGAAUUACGUGAUCGGCCAUUCGAGCCUCAUGAAUUGUUGAUGAAGAUGAGAUUCAUCGACGAAACCAGCUCCGGGAUGUCGACCAUUCGACAUAAUAGUUUCCAAUCCGACCUUUUACGAGACAGUGAAUAUCUCCGACGAUUACAUGCCCUCCGAAACGAACAACCAACAUAUCUAUAA